AUGAACAUCUUCGCGGACAUGCCGACCGAAAGCGAAAUCGAGGAUUUGUAUGAGAAGUUCUGCCAGAUAGACAAGGAGGAUAAGAAAGGGACCAUUGACGUGGAAAGGAUGGCCAAUCUGAUGGGGAUCGCGACUGACACUAAAGAGUGGACGGGCGAUCAAGUCAAGAAACUACUCGAGGACUGUGACGUGACUCCGUGUGAAGAGUACGAGUUCGAAGACUUCCUUCAGAUCCUCUCAGUCCAUAAAUCGCAAGAGAGCAACGAGAAGCUCCUCAAGAAACUUGAAGAGGCAGACCCAGACAAGAAAGGAUACCUCAGUCCCGAAGUUCUGGAGGAAAAAAUGAAGGAGUUCGACAAGAGUUUCGACGAGGAGGAAAUCAAAUUCUGGGUGGACGACACCGGAGUGAACGAAGAGGGAGAGGUGGACUACAACAAAUUCGUGAAAAACUACACAAAAUGA